CAACCACAACGUUCUUUGGAUUGGGUUGUGGCAAUUUCUUGCUGCAAAAGCAGACGAUAGCCCUGGCAUCGACCCGGACGACGAUACGAUACGAUACGAUACGAUACGAUACGAUACGAUACGAUACGAUACGAUACGAUACGAGACACUACAACAACGGGAACCGAGCGAUUCGUGUCUUUAGGGUACGGCCGAGGCGUCUGAAAUGCGGGGCGGGCCUCCUUCCGGGAACGAAAGCGACGAAAGCGACGAGAGCGAUGGCGGACCGAGCCAGGAGGAGAAGGACGACGAAGAAGACGAUGCCCUGGUGGUCUGCCGCUGCGAGUCGCCGGGGAUCCUCGCCGGCCUGCUCCGGUCCUUUUCGGGCCACGGCGGCUGGUCCAGGGAAGGGGGAAGCGCGAACGGGGGCGCGAGUGGGAGGAGGAACCGGGACGGCCACGGUCCCUGUUCCGGGCCCUCCUUUGGCAGGCUCCACCCCGCGACGGUCUUUUGCACCAGCGCCGGGCUGACGAUCCACUCGCAGUCCUCCAACAAGCAGUUCCAGGCCAGCAUGGAGCUUCCAUCCGCGCUCUUUGUCGACUACCGGCUGAUGGGUCGCGGUGGCGGGCGGAACGGCAACGGCAACGGCAAAGACCGCAAAGACCACGACGAUGACGACGACGACGAGGUUUCCUACGACUUUACAAUCCACUGGCAGACCCUGGUGCAGUGCCUGAACGUCCUCACGAUCGGGACCGGCGGGCACCGGGCACCCCCCGGGCCGUCCUCCUUCUUUUCCGGGCACGCCCUUUCGCAUUCGUCGCCGCAUUCGCAUUCGCGUUCGCAUUUGCGUUCGCCCUCGCAUUCGCCGUCUUCCCUCACCCUCUCCUACCACUCGUCCACCGAAGUCCUCCGGCUCGAGUGGGAGGCCGCAAAGUCCGCCCCCGGGGGACGGCCCCCGUUUGUCGCCACGGCCGCAGUCCCCGGCCUCCACCCGCCUCCGGCCGAUGAGGCCGCGGAGCUCUCGGAAGCCUUUGGCCGGUCCCCGAUCCGGGCCCGGUGGCUCUGCCCCUCCGCUGGGCACGAGCUGGCCGACGCGAGGGAGCUCGAGUCGCUGCAAGGCGCCACCUCGGUAAGUAUCCGCUUUCUCGGGGGCAGCGGCGACCGUGGCCCCCGGCUGUGCCUGUCAGCGCGGGGGCACUCCGGACUGGUGGACGUCGAGAUCCCGGCGCCGAUCGAGUUCUCGGAAGGCAGCGGCGGCGGAGAAGGCAGAGGCCACCGGCUGCGCGCAAGCGUUGUCCACACCUACUCCCUGGCCGGCUGGAUCCAGGCCCUCCAGCCCCUCGAUAUGGCCCGGGAAACCUGCCUGAGCGUCAACGAGCAGGGCAUCCUGGCCGUCCAGCACCAGGUGGUCCUAGGUGCGGAGGCUCGGGCGGGGAGGGGGAGCCAGUACCACCACCACGAAGCCGGGCCGACACCGCCCCCCCCGGAAGAAUCGGCCUUUUGUGAUUUCUUGUUGCUCCCCCUGGAGGUGGACGGCGAAAGCACCGACGAGUACGACGGGGAGGAUGUCAACGACAACCUACACCUUGACAGAGCCACCAGCGAAGACGAUGAUGAUGGCGACAGAGCAGCCGAUGACAACGACGACGACGGCAGCGCCGCCCGAGACGCAUCGGGCAGCGACGAACAGACCCGCCAAGGGACCACCGGCACGCAGUCUCCGUUGCUGCUGUCGCCGUCGCCGUCGCCGUCGUCGUCGCGCGGUGGUGACGGGGACGAGCGGGAAUCCCGUGGCUUUUUGUUUCCCACCGUUGCCGCGGAGGCGGAGGGGGCCGGUGGCGGCCGGAGGCGGGAACGACAGCGGCGCAAGCGGCAGAAGCGAUCGGGACGGGGGAGCGGCGGCACCGCUGCCCGGACGGUCACGGGGGACGACCGGGACGGAGACGAUGGCCACCAAGACGACGAUGACAACCACCACCCUACCGGUUCACAGACCGGCGCGGAACGGCCCGGAGAGACCGACGGGGACAACGACAACGACAACGACAACGACGACGAUCGGUACUGCUCGUCCCCCGAGCUCGUGUACGGCCGGCAAGAAUGAGACCGGUGGUGUUGGUAGCUGGCUGGCUUCCGGUCAGCGGCGGACCAGAGCCGAGCAAAAGCAAACGAACGCUUGGAAAUCGUGCCAGGAGGAUGGAUUGGAAGCCACCGUGCGAGAGUGCAGUAGAGCAGCACCAGUAGCACCAGUGGUAGCAGAGCCCAGCAGAAAGCCCCCGGAGAGGCCGAGCACAAUAGCGAUUUCUUUGCUGCUGAUAGUUCCGUUGCAUAGGUAGUAGGUAGAAGAAGAAUGCCCGUAGAAGAAGCACAGUGCAACAAAAACUUCUGCUAGUAGUAUACGAUGAGAUGCAGGUGAUUCCCUGAAAUUAACCCUGUUGAAAUUUAUGUGCAACUAAGCUUGCUACGGGAAGAAAAAAAGAUGUGGAGGAAACCGAAAUUGCCGAGAAGAAAAUGAUGCUUUUCCUGCGUGCUUACCAGUCAAUCCUCGAAUAGUAAUACAAAUGAUAACAAGAAAUACUAGAAAUAGUAGUAGUAGUAAUACUACCAACGCCCCCUUGCUUCUGCUGCCUAAGUGAGGCCCUUGAACCAGACUGAUCAGGCUCAAUGAAGACUAAUUAUCCUUAUUCAUUAUCCAUAGUGCUGCCUUCCUCUGAAGAGAGAAGAAAAAAUAAAACUGAAGUAUAAUACAGUACAUAAUACCUAUUCGUAUCGGAUUUUGUAUUUUCACCACGGCCUCCACAUAAUGGACUGAGUAAAUUUGACUCGAUCGAUUCAAGGAAAAUUCUAGCCGGCACCGAACGAAAUCUCCUCAUCGUCAAAAAUCGUGAGAACUUCUCGGUCCCAAAGAAGUGCAACCGCAAAACAGAGCGUGUCGCUUGUACAGCAACAUCGAUUAUCGGUGCCUGUUUGGUUUCGAAAACAAAUACGUUCGCCAGAUUCAUUGGAAACUCACAGAUUCAGGGAGAGAACCAUUGCCGACGUCACAAAAUACCAUUGAAUCGAAAGAUGUCUUGGGGAGAACGAAUGCAAUGAUCGUUUUACCUGUGGAAACGAUUGGCGGCAGCGGUGACAGCAGGGAACACUGGACCGCUGAUGCGACAGGGCUGCUGCGGCGCCGUUUGGCGAACGAAACUAUCGCGCCCGAAGUGGCGUUGAAUCUAGAAGGAGCAGACUCUCACCAUGUUGGGAGCUGGAUCGCGAUUUUUGCCUUUUCCCUCACGGCAAUUGGAAGCGCCGUAUCCCUCGCGUCGGUUUUUUUCAUUUACCACUAUCGAAGCAACCAGAUCAUAUCCGUUUGCCAACCUCCCUUCUUGUACCUCGUUUGCUCCGGGGUCCUUCUUCUUUCGAUUUCCACGUGCCUCAAUACUACACUGGGGCAUCACUCUUCGGAACGAUCGCAAACAUCUCUCGAUGCUUCCUGUAUCUCCUGGAUCUGGUGUGUCUCCAUGGGGGAUCUCAUCAUCUACCUGGCCCUGGUUUGCAAACUCUGGAGGGUCGAAAAAGUGAGCCACUUCCGAAAGGGCCAGAAAAUAUUGGUGAGGGACGUCAUCUGGCCCCUCGUAUUUGCGGUCGUGAUUGCUGUUGCGAUCUUGGUCGCGUGGACGGUAUCUUCUCCGCCCUAUUACGAACGCGAAAUCGUGGUGGGCAACGACGGCAAGAUAUACUCCGUUGGAAUCUGCUACUACGAGGACGGUGGGAUCUACCAGCUGGUCCUGACCACCAUGUUUCUCGCAAGCGCCACCGUCGUCUAUUGGCUGUCGCUCAGGACCCGAAAGCUCCCGGAGACGCUCUCGGACAGCCGGCGAAUCACGCAGCUCCUUCUGUCCCACCUGAUCAUGGGCCUCUUUGUGUUGGUGACCAACCUGGUUAUGACGCUGGAAAUGACGACCGAGGUCUUUGGUGCCCAGAGCGACGCAGAGAGCAACGCGCGCAACCUGGUGCGGGCCGGGGCGUUUUUGACCAACGUCUUUUACCAAUUCUUGUUUGGAAUGACGUCCGUCGGCUUUCUGGUCGUUCCCAAGAUCUGGUACGUGCGCUACGAGCACGUUCACGGAAGGCUUCCCUCGGGGAUCCACAAGGUGGCGGGCGGGCGGGUCACCGUCAGGGUGAACCACCAACGUGUGGGGGAAACGGUCGGCCGCCCCUCUUCCGACGGGAUUGGUAGGCCUCCUGCCGUCCGGAAAGUGUCUGCUUUCGGAGACACGAGAGGAGACUUGCGCGAUCGCGUCCCUUCGCACGACGACCCACCGUGCCCCGACCACGGUGGUAUCGAAGGAGACGGCGGUGAUUCCGAAGGGGUCGAUGCUCUUGAGUAUGUAAUGGAAGUAGAUUCGUCGACGUCAAGCGCUGGAGACGACGAGAAAAGCAGCACGGAUGUUGUAAAACAAUAGUGCAGUGUUUGACUUGGUCGACAAGAUUGCUUUCGAACAAGACGGUUUGAAUCUCGCUAGGGUGCUGUACAUUACAAUCAUGUAUUUUCAACUAAUGAGGAAGUGUGAUAAUAGAAUGACCAAAAAGAU